GCUUGUGCUGAGUUGAGCUGAGGCUGGAGAAGGAAGAGGAGAUGAAGGAGCCAUGGGAGGAGAAGGGGCCGAGAAGGCUAGGCCUCCCACCCUGAGCAAGAAAGGGCCACGGCCAGCUCAUACAUAUGAGGAAUUUCUACUCUCAAAUAACUUGGACGAUUGGCCAAAAUUCCCCUACAUACAGGAACUGGAUACUUACCCUUUAAUUACUCAAUUAAAGAAUGACUAUCCGUUGAACACUUUCACGAAACACCUUCAUGACCAUGUUCCACUGGUCACUGAUACCAUUUCCAACUUAGAAAAAAGGGUUCAUGAAUGCAAAAUAAAAGUACACGAACAUGCUAAACAUAUAUUUACCCUGGAAUCUGAAAUAGAUAGCCAAGAGCUUUCUCUGCCAGACACAGGAGCAGAAUUACAGGACAUGAAGAAGAAGAAAAAAGUUAAGGUUGCUGCAGAUGCCAAACAAGACUUCCACUGUAAAACAGUUGAGAAUUUCAAGUUCCCUGGUUUUGAGGUCCAGAAACUCACAAAGCUCCCAAACAAUCUAGAAGCUGCACAACUCUGGGAUUUGGUUCUAAAAGUUCAGACUUUCAAGACUGUAUAUGUAAAGGUUUUGAAGAAGUUAUUUUUCUCAGAAGCAUCGCUUGCGAUUUUACAGGAUUGUUUUUGGUGGUUGUUUCUUCAUAAAUUCAAGCCUGAUCAAGAUGAACAGGAUCACUUUUUUGACAGAAUAGCAGACAGCUUCGUGACGCUUCUGUUGACGACUCCCAAUUACGUAAAAGAUCCUUUCUUUGAGAUGUAUCCUGACUGCUUGUCACAAACCAUAUAUGUUACCUUUUGUGAAGCUUUUCCUGAAUCCCAUAGGCAUUUUAAUGAUGAGUUUAAAGAAGAAUUGAUGGAUGUGGUUUUCCAGUGGAUAAGAGGUUUUAAGCCGCGAAAAUCUGCUUGGAAGGAAUGGAAAAUAUGGCUGUUGGGAAACCUACAAAAAGAUUCCUUUCAUCAAUUGUCGUGUGAGAAAUUCCUUCACGCACCAUCAAGCUCGCACUCUUCAAUGUUCCAGAGCUUGGACAGAAUUCAGCAGGAAUGCAGCAAUCUACUCAAGGAAGGAGUAGCUGGGCCAGUGCGGUUUCAGUUGGCAAAGGAGGUAAAGGAGGUACCCAAGAAAAAGCUGAAGAAAGAAAAGAAAGAGUCGCAUUAUAUUGGAGAUGGGCCAAACUUCCAGCGUUCGCUAUUCAACCUUGGUGGCCAAAGUCCACUCGUCCUAUAUUAUUUACAGAUGCAUGGAAUAGCCAGUACUUUAGCAAACAGUCGGGCUUACAGGAUCAAUCACAGUGAAAUCUGCAAGAUACCACCCGUUUCUCCAACUUACCUAGAUGUUAUUGAGAAGAGUCAAGAGUUUACAGAAAAUCUGCGCAGUGAUUUAAUUGAUUUCGAACAUAAGUGCAAUGAGGAAAUCGCACAGAUAGUAGAAGAGAGAGAAAAAAUGAGCAAGAAAUACAAAAGGAUGUUGAAAACCAUCACCAAGAAGCCGACUGAAGCGAGGUUAAGAACCGAGAGGUUUCUCGCCGAAAUGGAAAGUGCAAAGCCACGGCAUUAUGGAUUCAUUGGAGCAAGUGUUUAAAGACAUUAAGAGGUGCAUGGCGACCGCUGAAUUUGACUCAGUGACAUGUUUGUUAUUAUAUGUACCUCUUUCUUUUGAGUCAAUAAAAAUGA